GGACAGACAUUCCUGGCACUGCACAUAUCAGAAAUGAAUAUGAGCGAAUUGCCCUUCAGCUUCUUCCAGGGACUACAGUUCAAAAUGCUUGAAAUAUCUUACAGCACAUUGAGGAACUUCACAGAUACAGGAGAAACGGAACUGGAAGGCUUGAGACAACAUCUGGAAACAAUCGCAAUUACACAUACCAUUGAGGAUGAUUUCAGACUGAAUGUGUCGUCUUUCAAGAACUUGGAAAUUCUAGACAUAUCCUACAACGAUUUCAAAACGGUGAAAAAGGAAUGGUUCGAAGACACUCCCUCUAGCCUUAAAAGCCUGACGCUCUAUAAGAACAAUAUCCAAAAGCUAGAGGAGGGAGCCUUCUUUGAAAUGAGUCAACUGGAGAGAUUAGAGCUAACUACGAAUCGUAUUUCAGAAAUCAAAAGGAACAUGUUUCCGGGCCCUGGUAACAAAUUGCGUUCUCUACAUUUAGCUUAUAACGCAAUCAAAACGAUACCGAGAGAUUUUUUCACGGACAUGGACUCGUUGAAGAACCUGCAAUUGCGAUAUAACAGAAUAGAAGUUCUCCCUAGAAGAACAUGGGAAUCCAUCUGGAUGACAUUGAAUUUCCUUCACCUUAACGGAAACCCUCUGAAGUGUGAUGAUGGCAUUGAAUGGAUGUUUUAUGUUCCAAGACCCGAUCACCUAACAGGCAAAUGCUUCCUUCCAAAACAAUGCAGAGGAAAAGAUCUGAAUAAACUUAUUGAUGAGAAAGCAAGAGAAAAUAAGAAGACACAAAUGUAA